AGGCAGAACAUGCAGAAAUGUACGGUGGCCGAGACCCGCCAUCGCUGCAAAUAAAAAAACGCUGCAAACAAAAAGAAACCACGCUGCAAAUAAAAAGAAACGCUGCAAACAAAAAGAAACCACGCUGCAAAUAAAAGAAACGUUGCAAAUAAAAAGAAACGCUGCUGCAAAUAAAAAGAAACACUGCUGCAAAUAAAAGCAAGGCUGCAAACAAAAACAAACGCGGCUGCAAAUAAAAACAAACGCUGCAAAUAAAAAAAAGCCACAACGGAAGUGCAUUACGGGGGAUUAUUUUUGCCGAUACACCGGUGUGAGAAGAAGACGACGAAGAAGAAGAAGUAAAAGAAGAAACAAGAACAGGAAUACGACUUGGAAAACGAACGAGAAAAUCAUAAUGUAUUGUCCUUUUUGUGGACACCAGCAGGCUUCUGAAGCAGUGUUUUGCUGUUCAUGUGGCAAGAACAUCAAAUUCCUGUGUGAUGUUGAUGAUGAAAAACCUGGCACAAGUCAGGAGGUUCCUGGAAAAAGUAUACUGGAGUCAUUUCAGACUUUCCGGAGUCUUAAAGAGAAGGAGAGACGAGCAUAUUUCAAAAAGAAAAAAGCACCAUCAAAAGACAACCUGAAGGUUGUGAAGAUUUCAGUAGGCCUUAUGCAGCUGAAAGAUGGUGGACUGAAGACUGUAAGAGGAACAGUACUUCCCCUUUUGGUGCAACCAGAGUGGGAUGCUGACAAAUUGCAGAGAGCUGCUGAGCAAAAACUGAAGGCCUUCCACAGCAAUUUACAUGGUGGUCCCUACGUACUGCUCUACCCUGACGGUACAAAGAUAAUUAAUAUACCAGGAACAGAAGUACCUUUCACUCUAAAAGAGUACAAGGAGGCAUUGGGAAAGGCCUACCAACGUAUCACACUGUACAUUUGUACAGCUGAAGAUUUCUUUACCUCUUCUCAGGAAACCAACUCUGAAUCCAACUCGGCGGAUUCAGAGGUGAUCAUCAUGAGUCCAAGGUCUAAAGAAUUCAAUGCAGCUGAUACAUUAUUGUGGGAACCUGCAGAUGGAGAGUCAGGCACUGAUUCAGCAGCUCCAGUUUUACUUUCUGACUCACAAGAGGGCCCAGGAACAUCAGGAGGUGCGAUGGAAACUACGUGCUAUAGCAAAUAUACUCAGCUGUAUGCGCCAAUUGUAAUCGAGAACGAGGAUGACCCAGACAGUGUUGAGUGCAGUCAUGACAUUCCAGAGGAUACAGGGGUGGACAAGCCAUCAAUUUCUGAGAUAAUUGCAAACCUGGCACUCGAGAUUGACCAUCAAGCUGUCAGCAGAUUUAACAUCUGUCGCUCUGACAUCUGGAAUGGGGCAGUCAGAGGAUUUAAAAGGGCAACAUUCUCAGAAAGGAAAGACAUCCUGGUGAAAUUCUCUGACAAUGAAGGGAGGCAUGAAGAAGGUCCAAAAGAGAGUUCCUCUCCCUUCUGAUGAAAGAGCUGAACAAACGGCCCAUAUUUGAUGGGCCUGUGGAGAGCCGCUACCUGGUCUACAAUUCAACAGGUUUUGU